UCAGAGGGACUUCAGAUGUGCCGCGUUAAUACAGUGGAGAUGCUUAUUUUAGGCCUUUUGGCUUUCCAUAGCUGGGUUCAUGGAGGCUGCACUAAGAAAUGAAACUUAAAAUUCCUGCUGACGUGAUGACCAGGAAACGAAAGUAGUCGAGCUGAAAUUGCAGAUUCAGAGAGACUGCCACACAGAGAGGACAACUUCAGACACAACUACACUUCUACCAGAUACCUCAGACUCCUCUCUGCAGACUCUGUGAGGAUGAUGAAGGCCACGAAGCUGCUUUUUGUUAUCAUGGCGAUGGCGCUGAUGUCUGCAGUUCUGCUCAUGAACAAGUCUGGAUUUAGUCUGAUAGUUCAGACCACAACUCGUGCAGAGAGUAGACUGCUCCCCGCUACUGAGCGUAGCGUUGAUGCAUUAUGGACGACAGCAGAUCCUUCUCGAACAGAUUUAAAGGGGAAGAUGUUCACUUUGUCUUUGAAUGGAGGCGGCAUCCGCUUAUAUCCCCCACAUUUUAGUGAUCCUACCCGAAACCCCUACAGCCCCACCACCCAACCCUACAGGACCACCCAACCCUACAGGACUACCCGACCCUACAGGACUACCCAACCCUACAGGACCACUACUGGAUCCUAUAGCACCACCCGACCCUACAGCACCCAUACUGGAUCCUACAGCACCACUACUACCAAUAGACCAGCCACCACCAAAACCCCUGCCACCCGCUCCUGGACCACCCGUUCCUGGACCACCCGUCCCCCGACCACCCGUCCCCCGACCACCCGUCCCCCGACCACCCGUCCCUGGACCACCCGUUCCUGGACCACAACACCCCCUUUUGGAGGUGUGUCUGUGUGUCUGCGUUACCUGGCCAACUUAAACGGAAACCAGAUCCCACUUUUCACUCUCAGUCCAUCCACAAACCCUCUGACGCUGACAUUUUCUUACCCAAACACAUACAUCCUGCCCUUUAACAGAUAUUAUUAUGCCAGCAUGUACAUGACACCUUUCAUCCGCUUCUGGAAAAACAUUGAUCAAGAGUUCUGGACGAGAGUCUGCCUCAUUGUUGACAACACGAAGAACGUGGCCCAGGUGUUCAGCGGCUCAAACAUGAGCACCAGGAGUAUCAUGCCUUACAGGUACGUGUGGUCAGGUGAGCCUGUGAUUGAUUUUCCAGGUUUUGAUGGUCAGGUGACAGACGUCCAGGUGUGGGAUUAUCCUCUCCGCUACAAGGAAGUCUUCAACUACAUGACCAAUGGGGUCUAUGCUUCGUACAGAGGCUCCGUCAUCACCUGGUCCUCCAUCGGUUACUCUCUUAGAGGAAGCACACUAUUGGAGGACGUCUACGAGAAGCAGGCAAGCCAGCCAAUCAGCAGCCGCGGACGAGGGAGAGGGCGACGCCCAAAAGGAGAGAGGAGGACCAAAGAGUUUGUGGGAGAGGGAGAGAGGAAGGAGAACAACAAUCAGUGGUUUAAAUGAGACGUACUGAGGGUGGACACUGAGAGCAGGUUACUGUGAUGUCUUUAUCGAUCAGUUAUCAAUACUUUUUAAUCACCAAGAAUUUAUAAAAACUAGUGUCAGCAACUGUUUUUAUUUGAUCUAGUUUGAAAUUUUGUAUAUUAUUAACUGAAUAGAAAUGAAGGGAUACUGAUUUUAUUAUUGAAUGUACAUUUUAAUUGAAAUGCAGCUCGGAGGUCGACUGUUAGAAAUGAAACCUCCUUGUUCUCCGUUUGAAAUCUGGGCUUGGUUGUUCAAAUGUAAUCUUUUUGGAUAAAUUUAUUGAACUGGAUGAAUUCUUAAAAAAUGGGUAAUUAAAAAAACUACAUGAAUAGAGACAUCUGAUUGGAUCAGGGGAUCAAAUCUUGGUUUUUGUCUUGAAGAAUCUGGAUUUGUUCGUCUUUAAAAGUCUGGAUCAGUUUCUCUUUGAAAACCCAGAUUGAAAUAAACUGGAUGAACUGAUCCUGGAUGAAA